GUCCGCGCGAGCGACCCGAGGCAGCGCACGAGACCAAACCGGCCACACACCUGUCCGUUGACGCUUGGUUCUUAAUGUUGACGUUAAAAAGAUGGAUGCGUACGGAGUAAAAGAAAGAGGAUUGGGCUGAGAGCAAAACACACACUCACCUGCUUAGUGCUGGAAGGUUCCGAGGAGGACGAGGAAGAAAGUGAAAGUAAAAAGCGUACUCGCCCCAGUGGGGGAGGAAACUGCUGCGUUUACCAAGAAACCAAACAGAAAGUAACUGGGAGGCAGCGGCAGAAGCAGUCCCGGACAGCAGACAUGUCAGACGCGUACUCUUACCCGCUGCUCGUCGAGCUGGAAGAAAACAACUUCACCAAAAUCCAAAUGAAGCUGCUGAAGUACUUCAACAGCAAGAAGUCCGGCGGCGGAGACUGCGAGGUGGACUACCAGAGUGGCAGCAGGACGGCGGUGCUGCGAUUCCGCACAGAGCAGGACCAGAAAAAUGUGCUGGGGAAAGAGUUACACCAGAUCCAGUUGGGUACAGCUGUUCUGAAGAUGACAGUUCGGUUCCCUCCAGAUGAGAAGACAGCAGCAGCACCAGCACCACUGAAACAGGAAGUUCCAUCGGAUAACGUCACCAAGACAUCUGAAGUUCAGGCGGAGGCCAAAGGCAGAGACGAUGUAGCAGCAGAGGAAACCUCCACCUCGGCUGUUUUAGGGAAAGUUCCUGAGGACAUGAGCCUGGAGGUUUUGGAGAUGCUGGUGGAGAACAUUAUAAAGGGAAUGAAAUCCCCAUCUGCCUCGUUCACGUUGGAAAUCAUUCAUGGCAUCUCCUCUGUUGUGGUUACUUUCAAGACUGGAAAAGAAAGCACCGACUUUGUGGCAAGAUGCCCUCAAAACAAGAUGUUCACAAAUAAGGGAUUUUCAGUCCGGCCGCUUGAACUCACUAGGCAAGUUGCAAUCGAAGACAUCCAAAAGUUCGAGAAAGAUUACCUCUACCUGUAUUUCGAGAAAGCAGGUGGGGAUGUGGAAAGUGUUCUGCUUAAUGAAGGGGAACAGUUUGUCAUCACCUUCAAAGACAGUCAAGCUGUUCAGAAAGUCGUGAAGAAGAAGCAUCACAUCCAACAGGAAGAGUUCAGAGUUUAUCCUUUCUAUUCAUCUUUGGGAGCAGUUCUCUAUGGCAAAGACAGGCCCUGCUUAAAACUCCCCGCUGCCAUCUCUGAACCUACUGACGAUGCUGUGUGGAGAUACCUAAAUGACCAUAAAUCAGCAUUAGAGACCAUUCACAGUGACUUAGCUAAACACUUCUGUAGUGUAAAACACGAAGGAUCUGUUGUGAUCUUGAGACCCGUACCUUCAAUUCUUGGCCAGAAAGAUGCAAAAGCCAUCAUUAAAAAGUGGAAGAGUACCGUGGGGUCAGCCUUUGCACAAGCUAUGUCCAAAUUCAAAUCCCUGAAGUUUCAGCCAGAUUCAGAUGUAUUGGAAGAGUGUCUGCAGAAUAUUGGACAAAUUUUACAGAACAAGGAUGUGACUUUAGCGCAUGAUAAAGCCAGCGGCGCCUUGUCAGUGGUUGGCUUUGUGGAUGAUGUCAAUAAACUAGAGCAAAGUCUUCGUAAAACCAUCAACAAAAUUGAGGGAAGGGUGCAGAGGGAGAAAGCGACGAAGACCGACGUCAUCAAAGUGUCACGAUCAAUAUUCCACCUCCUGCGUCAAGAUGGUCUUCUGGACAAAUUGCUACAUUUGUACCCAGAUCUCAAACUGGCAUUCCCAGAAGACAGUCCAGAUUUGAAUGUAACUGGUUUAAGAGAUGAGAUUUUUGAAGCAGACAAAGUGAUCCGUGAAGCAAAAUAUUCAUUGAAGCGAAUUAAUUUAGAAAUGGAUAAAUCUGUGCUUGACUUGCUGAGGUUGGAAGAGCAAGAUGAGCUUACAAAGGUCCUGCUGACAUCUGACGGAAUAAAUGCAGCAUUUGAGAUCAGUGAAAAGAGAGUGGAGCUCCUUGCUUUUUCUGACAGAGAUCUGACCAAUGCUGAAGAUCAUCUGAAAAAGCUUAUGAUGUCUCAGAACAUCAGUGUAGAAGAUAGCAGUGUCCUGGAGACUCCGGCGUGGCAGGAUCUGGUCAGACAAUUACAAGAUGCCAACAGCAAGUCAUGCAGGAGACUCCAGGUCCUCUGCACUGGUGAACACGUUGUUGUGAGUGGCCACAAGAGUGAUGUCACGAGAGUCAGCAAUGAGCUUGAGUACUUCUUAACGCAGAAUGCCAAAGUUGAAGAAAGUGUGGAUGUCAAGCCCAAUACCAUCAUUGAGUACAUUAAAAAAUGCAAAACAUCUUCUUUGGACCAAGUCAAAGGAAAAGUGACGGUGUCUUUCAGAAACGAGGCCAUCUGUCUCAAUGGUUCCAGAGUUGAUGUCAAACAUUGCAAGACCUUAGUUGAAAACUUGGUCCAGUCUUUGAGCUUUGAACGUGUAAACAUCACCAAACCUGGGGUGAAGAAGUUCUUCCAGGAUAAAGAAACUAUGUACGUGGCCUCACUGUUAACCGACACUGGCUGCUUGGUCCAACUAGUUGAUGAGACAGGUGGUGGGCAGGCUGGUUUGGCCCAAAUCCCGGGUCCAAAACCGGUAAAUAAGUUUCAGACAUCGGAUGGUGUUAAAAUAGCUGUUUGCAAGGCAGAUCUGUGCAGUUACCCAGUGGACGCAGUUGUCAAUUCUUCUAAUGGGCAGCUGCAACACAACGGGGGCCUUGGCGCAGCACUGUUGAAUUCUGCUGGACCUCAGUUGCAGGUUGAAUGCGACAAAAUAAUUAACCAAAGAGGGCUGCUCAAGCCUGGAGACUGCGUCAUUACUGAUGCUGGAGGACGGCUUCGUUGCAAAAAAAUUAUCCAUGCAAUUGGACCAGUCUUUGAUCCAUCUGCACCCAAGAAGUCUCAGGCGCAGUUGAAAAGAGCUGUCAAAGGAAGCCUGGAUCUUGCUGAAAGGCAUGGCUGCAUCACUGUGGCACUGCCCACCAUCAGCAGAACCCAGGGCUUUGGUCUUGAUUUGUGUGCGCUGACCAUCAUCAAGGCUGUGAAGGAACACUGUGAUGAGAAGUAUGAUGAAAACACCCUGAAGGAGAUCCAUUUGGUGAACAGUGAUGACGCUGCUGUUCAGGCUAUGGAGAGAGCUGUCAAAAGCGAAUUUGGAAAUAGUGUAGUAACUCUUCCAGUUGCUUCUCCACGUCUGACACAUGCUAGAUCUACCCAAUCUGACCCAAACUGCUUGGGUCAAGUGACAACCAUAGAGGGCUUGAAUAUCACUCUCACUAAAGGAAACAUCGAGAAUGCCACGACUGAGGUGAUUGUGAACACAACGUCUGAAGAUCUUGAACUGAAAAAAGGUGCAGUUUCAAAUGCAAUACUUCUCGCGGCCGGACCCAAACUUCAGCAGUUGAUAAAUGCCCAGGAUGCCAGAGGAAGUUUUGGUGAGGUCAUUGUGACCGACGGCUGCCGAUUGAAGACUAAGAAAGUCUUUCAUGCAAUUGCACCUCAAUGGGACAAGGGACAAGGCGGAACUGAAACGAUCUUGACCGCCAUUUUCAAGGAUUGCUUGGAUAAGGCAGAGGACACUAGCCUGACCUCCAUUGCUUUACCUGCUGUCGGCACUGGAAACCUUGGCUUCCCAAGAGACCUUGUUGCCUCUUCGAUGUUGAGUGAAAUCUCAGCAUUUAGCAUGAAAAAACCUAAGCACCUGAAAGAGGUUGUCAUUGUCCUUUAUCCAGGCGAUGCAAAGACUAUCCAGGCCUUUAGGGAUAGAUUUGACAAGGAGUUCCCCAGUGCCUCAGGUGGUCCAGCACCCACAGGUUCCCCACAAAACACCGGGCAACAAGGUCCCUUCUCAAACGUUAACUCGAGCACAGGAAUGCAUGAGACCAAAAUGGGCGGCGUCACCAUUCAGGUGGUCACAGGAGACAUAACCAAGGAGACCAGUGAGGUCAUUGUCAACUCCUCCAAUGACAGCUUCUCUCUCAAGUCAGGAGUAUCCAAGGCUAUUCUAGAAGCAGCUGGUCCGGCUGUUGAAGGAGAGUGCCAACGUCUUGGUGCCCUGCCCAACCCGGGCAUGAUAAUGACCGAUCCGGGUAACCUAAGUUGUAAGAAAAUCCUCCACGUGAUCGGACAGAGCGACCCAGGAAAAAUCAGAGCGGUUGUUACAAAUGCACUUGACAUGUGUGUGAAAAACACCUACGCCUCUGUCUCAUUACCUGCCAUUGGCACAGGUCAAGGUAAUGUGCAGGCUAGACAGGUGGCAGAUGCCUUCUUUGACGCAGUGAUCGAUGUGUUGAGCAAAAACACUCGUGGCUCCCUGAAGACUAUUCGGAUUGUUAUUUUCCAAGCAAAGAUGCUGAACGAGUUCCAGAGCAGUAUGCAACACAGAGCACAAAGCGCUGCCAGUAAACCCAGUGAUAAGGAUGGUGGGUUGUGGAAAAGACUCACAUCAUUCUUUGUGGGUGGAACUGCUGCCAAGCCCCAUAAAGAAAGAGAAGAAAACUUUGUCAUCAAGCCAGUGGCCUGCGACCCGGCUUGCUUCCACAUCUGCGGAGACACACAGGCCAAUGUGGCCUCGGCCAAGCAGUGGCUCAAUGUUCAGAUAACCAAAGAUCAAAGCACAACCGCCAUUAAAGACACCGCCAUUCUCAGCUUCUCCGACGUGGACCACCAGCAGAUUAUUAAGAUCCAGAAGGCCUUGGGCGUGAGCAUCAUGAUCGAAGGCAAGAAGGAUCAAGUCGAAUUAACCAUUGAGGGAUUCAGCAAUGGCGUACUAAAAGCCACCGAAGAGAUUUAUAUAAUGAUCAAAAAGGUGAAGGAAGAUGAUGACCUGAAGAGGUACGUGGACAUAAUAAGCAAACUUGCAGACUGGCAGUAUCAACAGCAAGGGCUCCAGUAUCAAAGCUUUGAUCCAAAAACAAACGUCCAACUCGAGCAAGCAAUGCAAAACCAGCUGACAGAUGUAAAAGUCAACGUCCAAGGUCAAGACUACACAGUCACUUUGCCAAACGGACCGGCCACCAACAAAAAGGGAGACACAUUGCAGAUAAAGAGAAUUGACAAACUGAAAGAUGCAGUACCUGCGCUCUGGGAUGCUAUGCCCCCCAACACUACGUGUGUGGCUGUCCCCAUCCAGGCUGGAACACCAGAGUACACUGAAGUCCUGAAUCUGUUCCAGGCCUCGUGCAAACAAACUGUCAUCAAGAUUGAGAGGAUACAGAACCCAAUGUUUUGGAAGAGCAUACAGAUCAAGAAGCGUGACAUUGAGCAGCGGAACGGUCAUCCAAACAACGAGAGGCGUCUGUUCCACGGCACCACUGAGACCACAGUGGACAUUAUUAAUCAAAAUGGCUUCAACAGGGUUUACGCAGGAAAGAACGCUGCUGCUUAUGGCAAUGGCACGUACUUUGCUGUCAAUGCCAACUACUCUGCCCAGGACACAUACUCCAAGCCGAAUCCGAAAGGGGAGAAGUGCAUGUACCUCUGCCAAGUGCUGACCGGGGAUUACGCGCUUGGACAACAAAACAUGAUCGAACCACCAGUCAAGAUCAACAAGGCCCCUCAGCGGUACGACAGCGUCGUGGACCGCAUGGCUAAUCCCAGCAUGUUCAUCAUCUUCCAUGACGUCCAGGCUUAUCCUGAGUAUUUGAUCACAUUCAAGUAACGCCACAAUGUUCUGACAUAACAAAGACCGAAUGCCUCCAUAUUUCAUACUGCGUUAAAAUCACUUAAAAAGUAUGAUCAGUUAAUCAGCUGAAUAAUCAAAUUUGUUUUCCCAUCUAAUUGAGGUAUUUGGUUAAAGAAGGUUUUUAGUAAUCAAGUAUUAAUCACAAGAGUCACAUAGUGCCUGGAAAAUGAACCAUAUAUUAAUCACAUAACAAUGUAAAGAAAGGCAAACGAUUGUUCACAGAUUUUAGUUUUUGCCUGUAUGUUAUUCUUUGUAUAAUCAAACUGAUAAUUGAGUGUUGAGAAUGAUGGACCUGCUCUCCUGAAGAAAAUCAUGGGAUACAAACUGGUUUUGGAAUUCAGAUUAGCGUUUACUUUUGGUUUUGACGAUUAUGGAAGUUAACUGCUGUUCCAAUAAACGCGUUGUGCAAUUAGAAGUUCAUAAGAGCA